UUUUAGCUACGUGUUCGUUCUGUUUAUCCAGCUUUUAGGUUUCAGUCAGAUAAAAGCUAGAAGGCAUUUCAGCGGACUAGGAAGUUGCUAAUACGCGCGGCUUUCAGGUCAGGUUGCACGGACUCCGCCUUUUUUCCUCCUCUUAAGUCCCGCCGUUGGCGCCAAAUCAGAAGACGAGGUUUUCCUGGGCGAGCGGGCGCCUGGCCUUUUCCUUGCCUCGCUUACAGCAAGAUGAACGGUCUCGGCGGCGGCGGCGGCGGCGGCGCCUCGGAGUCCAGUUCCUCCAACGGGUAUAGUUGUGAAACGACCUGUAAAAAACGUGAUGACUACCUAGAAUGGCCUGAAUAUUUCAUGGCUGUAGCUUUCUUGUCAGCUCAAAGAAGCAAGGAUCCAAAUUCUCAGGUUGGUGCAUGCAUUGUGAAUCCAGAAAACAAGAUAGUUGGAAUUGGCUACAAUGGCAUGCCUAAUGGAUGCAGUGAUGAUGUGCUACCUUGGGCGAGAACAGCAGAUAAUAAACUUGACACAAAGUAUCCCUAUGUGUGUCAUGCUGAACUGAAUGCCAUAAUGAACAAGAACUCUGCUGACGUGAAAGGCUGCAGCAUGUAUGUUGCCUUGUUUCCAUGUAAUGAAUGUGCAAAGCUCAUCAUCCAGGCAGGUAUAAAAGAAGUUAUUUUUAUGUCAGACAAAUAUCAUGAUUCUCCAGAGAUGACAGCUGCACGUCGCUUAUUUGAAUUAUCUGGAAUUGUAUACAGGAAAUUCAAACCAAAGUGCAGUAAGAUCAUCAUUGAUUUUGAUUCAAUUAACAGCAGACCAAGUCAAAAGCCUCUCUGAGUUACAUCUAAUUAAAUCUCUAGAAGAUUGUGAUUAUCCUUUUCUUAGAAGCUGCUAAUGCCUUUCAUCUUGAAGUUAGGCAUAACUUUUUAAUAGCCACUACAGUUUAACAAGACAUCUAAAGACUAUAUUGGAUUUUGAUAAUUUUGGUGUUCACUGGCAUACUUGUAAACUUUGGCUUCCAGUACUUUGCCAAAACUUCUCUAAAUGGAACCUUUAGGUGAGAUCUGGAUUUAUGUAUGAACAAUAAAAAGCUGCCUUGUUUUUUUAUUGAUUAUCCAACUAACGAUCUGACUGGAGAAAACUUAAUUUGCAUGAAAUAGCUGAUGAAAAUUGACUUAUUCAGGAAAACUAAUAGACACCUUCAUUGACAUCACUUUAAGAGACCUGUCUACUAGCUAAGUAACUCUACAUAGAGUACAAAUUAAUUGAAAAUACUGUAUUUCAAACAAUAUGGUUAUGCAUUUCUAUAAGAGCCAAAAUAUUGUGUUUUGUGAAAUCUAUCCUGUGUAUUACACCUUGAUCUUUUACCAGAUGUUCAUCUCUUUAAUUGCUUCGUCUGUUGCACUGUAAUACGUGAGCAUGUGUUCAAAAAUAUUUGAAAAAUGUUUCAUUUUGGAUACAGUUUUAGAAUACCUUUAAUUCUAUUUCCCCAAGACAACUUCCAUUUGGUAAAAGAUAAGUGAAUAAAUCAUUAGGCUUUCACCUAUGGGGCCCUGUUUGGAACUGAUUUUAAUGUCUAAAAGGAAACUCAUUUGUUGGUCUAAAUUUCGGCUAGACAAUACAGUGCAUUACAAUUCAGGAACCAGCCUCUAAGGUAACUUAAUCACUACUUUUCCUCUAAGGGAAAUAAGGAGAUUCAGUCCAUGCUGAGGUUGUACAUGCCAAAUGUUAUAAUUAUACUUUUAGCUUGCUUUUAGUUGUUAAAAACUGGCCUUUUGCCAUAAGUUUCAGGAACAUUGGUUAAAGCUAUCAAAAGCUUUCAGUAUCUCCCCUUCAAUUUGAUUUUGGGGGAAAAAAUAAAUAUGCCUUAAUUGUCUUUGUGUAGAAAAUGUUUCUGAUCUCAAAGGUAUUUGUGUGCUUUCUAAAAAAAUACUGUAAUGUGGGCUCUUGUUGAAAUAUUCUGUAUAUGAAGACAUUAUGUAAUUUGGCGUACUACCAGUAUUAUGAAAGUCUUAUUAAAAUCCUACUUUGUUGAAGUAGACUCAUUAUUACAGUAUAUGCUUGGCUCUAGAGGGCUUCUGUUUCUGUAAUCAUAUGCAAAGUGUGUUUUGUAUAUUUGUGAUAUAAUUACAUAAAGUGUAAUGAUCAAAAAUUACUUUGUGGCUGAAAAAAUAUCAUGCUGUGAUGGCAGUUAUAUGUGAACUUUUAAAGAUAUUUUUUGGUCUCUAGCCACUUGAAUUGCCCUCCGGCUUCUCCAGUCUUCCAUCAGAAAUUUGACUUUAAUAAAUGUAUCUUCUCUA